AUGCCUAAGGCUACCAAUGGUAAAAAGCGAAAGAGAGAUAAGAAAAAGGAUGAAGAACGCACCGCGAAGAAAGCAAAAUCAAAUGACAACGGUGGAGUCAAACAAAGCGAUGUUAAACUGGAAGGAGAAGGUUACGGUUCUGAAAAGCCUUGUGAAAAAGAACCAGAAAUUGAUGAUAUUGAUGAAAUUUUGGAGGAGAAUGCAGGAAGGAACAACUUAACGGCAAUUAAUGUCAGAAGCAUUCUACAUGUAAGCUGUGAUUAUUAAUUUGUUGUGUACACUUGUGUCGUUGAUCAUGUAGCUACUUGUACUAGUACUUUGAAUGGCGUAACCUAAGUUUGGAACAUUUGGUUGAACAGUUUAACAACGGCUUUUUUUCCAGCGGGCAAUCCCCUCUUGGCCGAGAAGUUUUUCAAGCCUUUCGUCUUUUCGUGUGUAUGUUUUUUUUGUUGCCAUGUGAUCAUGUGUGAACUGCUGGUACAUUUAUGCUUAUUAUUGUAGCCUUAGGUUUACUGUAAUGUACUCAACUCAAAGUAGGUGAAAUAUGAUCAUCAGGUGAGUGUAGUCCUCUGUUUCUGACAGUGACCAGGGCAUUUUCGAUAACUUACAAGUGCAGUAGUCAUCUUCAGAGUCUACAGUACAGGUCCUGGGCAUUGCAGCAUUACACAUGGGUUUCAUGCGUGGAAAUCCACCAUAUUGCACGCAAAUUCCAUGAGAAAAACAUGUGUGAAACACCCGUGUAAAGAAAUAAUACACGAGAAAAUACACGCAAAUUAGGAAAAUCUGCAUGUAAAACUUUAGUCUCAGAUUAUUGUAAUUUGCAUGUAUUCGGUUUACUUGAGUUCUUACAUCGCUAGCUUAGUGAGUGUAGUUGUACUUGUGCGGGUGGCUUUGUUUUAAUAGCAUAAAGUGAAUCAAACUUUCGAGGCACUUUCAAAUGUUAGUAUUAUUCUUAUGUUAUCUGGGCUAAAAGUGAUCCAAGUUUUUUUUACACAUUCUUCACUUGAAUCUUCAUUUGUAGGCUUCGCAGAGAUUAUAAAAAGGAUUCAAUUAAAACCAGUUUCAGCUAUCAACUCGCAACUACAUGUAUUUUGAUGGACCAACUACUCUGUAAUGUGACGCUGUUAUUUACAUCUCUGUUUUGGUGACCGGUCCCUUCUACAUGUAUUUUGUUUAUUUUGGCAAUAAUUGAAANAUGUGAUCAUGUGUGAACUGCUGGUACAUUUAUGCUUAUUAUUGUAGCCUUAGGUUUACUGUAAUGUACUCAACUCAAAGUAGGUGAAAUAUGAUCAUCAGGUGAGUGUAGUCCUCUGUUUCUGACAGUGACCAGGGCAUUUUCGAUAACUUACAAGUGCAGUAGUCAUGUUCAGAGUCUACAGUACAGGUCCUGGGCAUUGCAGCAUUACACAUGGGUUUCAUGCGUGGAAAUCCACCAUAUUGCACGCAAAUUCCAUGAGAAAAACAUGUGUGAAACACCCGUGUAAAGAAAUAAUACACGAGAAAAUACACGCAAAUUAGGAAAAUCUGCAUGUAAAACUUUAGUCUCAGAUUAUUGUAAUUUGCAUGUAUUCGGUUUACUUGAGUUCUUACAUCGCUAGCUUAGUGAGUGUAGUUGUACUUGUGCGGGUGGCUUUGUUUUAAUAGCAUAAAGUGAAUCAAACUUUCGAGGCACUUUCAAAUGUUAGUAUUAUUCUUAUGUUAUCUGGGCUAAAAGUGAUCCAAGUUUUUUUUACACAUUCUUCACUUGAAUCUUCAUUUGUAGGCUUCGCAGAGAUUAUAAAAAGGAUUCAAUUAAAACCAGUUUCAGCUAUCAACUCGCAACUACAUGUAUUUUGAUGGACCAACUACUCUGUAAUGUGACGCUGUUAUUUACAUCUCUGUUUUGGUGACCGGUCCCUUCUACAUGUAUUUUGUUUAUUUUGGCAAUAAUUUAAAUUUCUUUUAGCUUGCCACACCAGCGUCACUCAGUCAUGUCGUCAAUCUAUUUUAAGCAAAUAACCAGGGGUUACUGCAAGAACUAAUUUUAGUUCCCGGGUUUUAGUUUUACCUGCCAAGGAAAGGUCGUCUUUUAAGGUCUUCAAUUACACUACAUGUAAAUUUGGAGUGAAAUUGUAUCCAAGUUUAGAAAUAACGCAUUGUAAUUUUUAAACAACAACUAAGGACAUAUCAUGAAGCUAAUUCAAUGUUAGAAUAAAGACAGAUGUAAAAGAGAAACCUGUGAGGUCUGUAAAAUUUAGUGACAUUAAAAUGACAUUACAUGUCUUCAUAGCGAAUAACACAUAGCUUAAAUGGCAGGCUACUAAUAACAUCACGAUUUAAUUGACCUUUCAGGUGAACCACCAGAGUUUAAUACCAUCAAAUGACAUGAUACAACUCACUUUGACUCUGAAGAUGACUACUACACAGGUUGUCGAAAUGUCAAUCACUGUCAACAACAACAGUCCUAUUAAGGACUAUGUUCACCCGUGGACGAUCCUACUCAAUCCUCUUAUGAAAUGACUGUUGUGUUUAAAACCUUUCCCGGACAAUUUAUUGUUUAUGUAUUUUUAAUGAAUUCUUUCCUCUUUGUCUGCUAUAGCAUGUUGUAACUGACAAGAGGGUCCUUGCCAUGGUGAAGAGUGCAGCUGCUGAAGCUGAUGAUGAGCAAGGUGAUGAUACUGCUGGUGUUGAUCAGGAUGUUGGACUAGACUUUGUAAGUUACUGUUAUUUUAUUAUAAAACCAAAAUCCAGGUGCAACUGUUAUUUUAACUGAUGGGCAACAACAAUUGUACAUGUACAAAACUGUGCAUGUAGCAUUCAGAGAGCAGUGAAAGUAAUGUGGUAAUACAUGGCAGCUUUACAAGGGACAUUAUUAUAUUGUACGUGUGCACUGUACAUUUUUUGUUAAGAAUUUGGUUAAAUUGUCGUAAAUUAUUUAACAAAAUUAAGAAAAGAGUUACAGUAUACAUCGCCCUAGUGAAGCUGCCAUGUUUUUUUUACCAUUUUUUUUAUUUUGUUCUGUGUUCUAAACAUUUUGGGAUUGGUUACUUAGAAGUUAAGCUGUACUUUUUUUUUCAUUCAUUCAUUCAUAGUUUAUUUGGUAAAGUAGGUUAAGUUAAAAGGCAGCUAAAGCUGAUGUAGACCUGCUGAUAAACUAUCUAUUGAUGAUAUACUUACAUGUAAGCAGUAUGUGAAGCAGUGGUCAGUUCGAAAGCCAUGCUCUUCUGACCACUGUACACUUCUCUCCAAGCCAGUUAAUUCUAUCUUUUCGUCUCUUUUGUGUUAUUAUUUAUUCCUACGUUACUCUCUGGUCAGUGUAAUUAUUAUAGUAGUAUCAAUAAAAAACUGAAACCCCUUAGUUCUUAAGGUUACACUGUACAAGUACCUAUUGCAUUGUUCAUGUAAUAAUCAUUAUUUUACAAAAAAAUUGAGAAAACAUAUAUAGGCCAAAAAUUGAAUUAUUUUAGAAAUGUUCUCUUUAGGUUAUAAUCUAACAUACUUUGUGCAGCACAUCUUUCUAUCUCAGUGACCUUUGUGUUGUGUACAGUUGUACCUUUGUUGUUGCCUGUAUUGUGUAGGUUUUUAUUAUAAAUAUACAGUGUAUGUGUCAAAAAAAGUGCAUUUUGCUUGAUUCAUUGUUAUCAUUUUGAGAAAUGGUAGUUUACAUGUAAGUGUUAAGCCCUCCGGUUCUUUGACCUCCAUAAUGGGUGGUUAUCAGUCAUUCAAACAGGCCUUUAUCUCUCAAAAGCCUGAAUUCAAGGUUUAUAGGAAAAAUAGUUCUAUGCAAAAGUACAUUGUCCUUAUUAUGUACAUGUAUCUUGAAGUAGGAAUUUUCAGAAGUGUAUGGGGUGGUGAAUUGUGUACUCCCGGUAGAAAACUUGUUAUAUAGCUUUUCUAUGAAAUACACCUGUAUGUGAUAUCUUUAUUUACAAGGCACCAAAAAUGACCAGAGCCAAGAGCAAGCAGACAAAUCAAGGAGAUCCUAUUGCUGCUCUGGUAAGAAAAUAAUAUACUGUACAAUUUACAUGUACAUAAUAUUAUUCAGUCAAGAUUGUAUUUGUCUUCAGUUUGACCGUAUUUUUCCCUUUGAAGCGAGCUUAUACCAUCAGUAUUUAGUAUUGUUUAUUUUUUCAGGCAUCCCAGUCGCCGAUAAAAGACUUGAAAGCCAAGCAAACUUCAAAAAAUAAGGUAUGANUUGUGUUGUGUACAGUUGUACCUUUGUUGUUGCCUGUAUUGUGUAGGUUUUUAUUAUAAAUAUACAGUGUAUGUGUCAAAAAAAGUGCAUUUUGCUUGAUUCAUUGUUAUCAUUUUGAGAAAUGGUAGUUUACAUGUAAGUGUUAAGCCCUCCGGUUCUUUGACCUCCAUAAUGGGUGGUUAUCAGUCAUUCAAACAGGCCUUUAUCUCUCAAAAGCCUGAAUUCAAGGUUUAUAGGAAAAAUAGUUCUAUGCAAAAGUACAUUGUCCUUAUUAUGUACAUGUAUCUUGAAGUAGGAAUUUUCAGAAGUGUAUGGGGUGGUGAAUUGUGUACUCCCGGUAGAAAACUUGUUAUAUAGCUUUUCUAUGAAAUACACCUGUAUGUGAUAUCUUUAUUUACAAGGCACCAAAAAUGACCAGAGCCAAGAGCAAGCAGACAAAUCAAGGAGAUCCUAUUGCUGCUCUGGUAAGAAAAUAAUAUACUGUACAAUUUACAUGUACAUAAUAUUAUUCAGUCAAGAUUGUAUUUGUCUUCAGUUUGACCGUAUUUUUCCCUUUGAAGCGAGCUUAUACCAUCAGUAUUUAGUAUUGUUUAUUUUUUCAGGCAUCCCAGUCGCCGAUAAAAGACUUGAAAGCCAAGCAAACUUCAAAAAAUAAGGUAUGAAAUGUUAGUGUUUAAGACUUGUCAUUAGAACUGCAUAAGGGACAGUGUAUUGAGGUUCAUGGUUGCAAGUAGUCAUGAUCAUCCUCAAGAAAAUUUUGUGUUCCUUCUCAAUAUUGGUACAUCAAUUUUGGCUUAAAGGACUGUGUAAAGAGUUGGUGUAAAGUGUCAUCUCAGAAUUACUUUGACAUUGUUGUUGAAUUUUGACCACCUUUCAAAUUCUCCAUGCAGUAAUUCAAGGAGUAGACUACAUUUGUAUUUAUUAAAUAAUACUCUACUUCUUGAGUUAGUACUUUUUAAAAGAAUAAAUAAUAAUUGGUCACCUGCAUUCAUGCUUUAAAGCUCUGAACUGCAUGUCAAAGUGCAAUUUGCAGCUUUAUAGAGCAAAAACUGCUUCAGAUGAUCCCCUUGUCCGCUGCUUAUAAAACUUAUAAUAAAAAAUUUUGGUUUUUACAUGACUCAAACAAAUCUCACUGUGACUGGUAUAUUGUUGCCUCGUAGAAGAUUCACUUUACGGAGUUGGAGCUCCCAGAAUCAUCCUCUGAUGAAGAAUACAAUCCAGAUGAUGAGGUAAGUCACUUGGUCUGUCUAGGAUUUAGACCGUUUGGUCUAUCAUUUUCCGGAAGUGCCUUGUACACAGCUGUAUCAUGCUGGCUUUCACCCACAAUGACAUUAGGCAAACACAGGCCUUACACACUCUAAAAUUUUUAUGUCCCUAAUAUCAUGAGUUACAAAUUACUCCUUAAUUUUAGCAUGAAAUUUCCAGCAUUAAUAAUCCUUAUAUUAUACCAUAAAAGAACUUAAUUAUUAUCUCUCCUGAAGGGGCUAUUCUGAGAUAAUAAAUUACAAUUGAAGGAAUAAAAGAAUUAUUAUUCCUUUGUAAAUUAUUAUUAUUUUCAGAACAGCCCCUUCAGGAGAUUUUUUUAGGGUGCUUUUAUAAAACCUAAGUAAUUUAUAUUACUUAGGUUUUGCGCUUUAGAAAACCCUUAACACACGAUAGAGCACAUCCAGAAUGAUUCUAUCAGGUAUUUUGUCGAAAAAUUCUGAAAAUUCUGAAAAUUCUGAACUUAAGCCAAAAUUUAAGCUGUAAAGUUCUCACUGCAUAGAGUUCUUGAUCGAUAAUCAAUAUGAUAAACGUUUAAAAAAUCUAUGAUUGUGACCGUAAUUUGUCAUCCAUGAUAUUAAUACUUGUAGGUAAUCAAAUUGUUUACUUGUGAAAUUAGGUAAUGUUAAAUUUCACUUUUGUUUUGUUCAAAUCCUUUCAGACAAAACGCCAAGAAAUCAUUCCUGCCUAAUUUCAGUCCUGACCAUUAAUAUUUUGAUUACACAUAAAAAUGUACUACCAUCUCCAUAAUUUUGCAUGUACAAUGUAUGUAGAAUUUUUGAGGUAAGCAUGUGGCCUUGACAAAGUAUAUUAUUAUUUACAGUUCUGGGGUAGUUAAUGCAAUCCUGUUAGAAUUCAAGAAUAGAAAUCUGUGAUGUGGAAUUCUAUUAUGGUGUUGUGAGGUUUAAUUUGACAUUAUAGUCAGGUCUUUUGAAUGAGGUGCAUCUGUGCAUACAGCUGUAAACUACAUUAUUUUAUGCUAAAACCUUUGUGAAGCACUCUGAAACUUACAGCCCAUAAAAAGUUGUUUUAACUGUGUCACAUGUCUCUUUUUCAGGAUGCAAGUGAUGAUGAUACAGAAAGUUUUCUAUCAUUUUCAAGGUUUAACUGAUUUUUUUGUUUUGUUCAAUCAAGAACUGAAAGUACAAUCUGUACUUGUCCAAGUACUUUUUGCCAUUUUUGGGUUUGAGUUUUUCAUAUUUUAAUACAAUUUUCUGUUAAUGAUGUGGAAAAACUUAGGGAUAUUAUUUUUAGGGCUUUUACUUUAAAAUUAACAAUUUGAUGUGGUUUUAAAUAUUUUGGUUGGAAUUUUGAGUUAACUCUAGAGUAAAUAAUCAUGUACAAAAUUCUCUUCCAGCAUCCAGCUGAAAACUUUAAUAUUGGAAAAGACUUAAGAAAGUACUAAAAUUGAAAAUUAAUGUCAUUGAAUGCAAUGUUACAUACUAUAAAACCAUUUUUUUAAAAUCAAAAUUUCCUUUUCUGAAUGAAUGUUCUUUUUUUAUUGUAGUGACCUGGCAUCUCCAGCACAUAUGCCUGGUACACCGGAAAGUCAUAAAACAGAGACUACAGAGUCUGGAGAGCCAACUGAAUCAACUAAAUCACCAACAGGUACAUACACAUGUGUACAUAUAUUNGUGCAUACAGCUGUAAACUACAUUAUUUUAUGCUAAAACCUUUGUGAAGCACUCUGAAACUUACAGCCCAUAAAAAGUUGUUUUAACUGUGUCACAUGUCUCUUUUUCAGGAUGCAAGUGAUGAUGAUACAGAAAGUUUUCUAUCAUUUUCAAGGUUUAACUGAUUUUUUUGUUUUGUUCAAUCAAGAACUGAAAGUACAAUCUGUACUUGUCCAAGUACUUUUUGCCAUUUUUGGGUUUGAGUUUUUCAUAUUUUAAUACAAUUUUCUGUUAAUGAUGUGGAAAAACUUAGGGAUAUUAUUUUUAGGGCUUUUACUUUAAAAUUAACAAUUUGAUGUGGUUUUAAAUAUUUUGGUUGGAAUUUUGAGUUAACUCUAGAGUAAAUAAUCAUGUACAAAAUUCUCUUCCAGCAUCCAGCUGAAAACUUUAAUAUUGGAAAAGACUUAAGAAAGUACUAAAAUUGAAAAUUAAUGUCAUUGAAUGCAAUGUUACAUACUAUAAAACCAUUUUUUUAAAAUCAAAAUUUCCUUUUCUGAAUGAAUGUUCUUUUUUUAUUGUAGUGACCUGGCAUCUCCAGCACAUAUGCCUGGUACACCGGAAAGUCAUAAAACAGAGACUACAGAGUCUGGAGAGCCAACUGAAUCAACUAAAUCACCAACAGGUACAUACACAUGUGUACAUAUAUUAUGCCCAUGAUUGUACAGUUAAUCUUUCAAAAAAAAAGUAUACAAUGUAUACUAAUAUUCAAUGCAUGUACAUGUAAUGCAAUCAUGUAACAUGGUAGUUCUAACAUUAUGCAUUAUGUGUAUAUAAAUAAUUUAUGCUCAUCCCUGCUAAGGGACUCUUGCCACCGGAGACCUUUCACUGCUACCCUUUUCAAACAUUGCAUUUAUAAUUGAACUGGUUGGGAAAUGUAUUAUUAAUGUAUUGUAGAUUGUGUCUGAGAGCUUAGGUAUUAAGCUUUCACGUACAGUGUGGGUCUUGCAUGCCUCCAAAAAAUUAAGAUGUUGUUUUUUCUCUAGUGAUCCAACAUUAUUUUAAUGUCUGUUCCUCAAUCCAGCCUAUUAAUGCUUUGUGUGCAGUUGCAAGCUAAAGAAUGAGAUGACAGAAAAAAACAAUGUUUGGAAACUGACUUACUGACUUUCUCAAAAAUGUUAAAUUACAGUUAUUUUACCUUUGCCAUAACAAAUUAUUUUAUGUGUUUUGAUUGAAUUCUUUUAGUGACUAGAUCAUGUAGCAAGAGGCUUUUGCAGGAGCCAUUUAAAGUACCUUAUCCAGUAACGUUAACUGCAUCAGCACCUUUUGAAUUAGAAGAGGUACGUACAUGUACCUGUACAGUACGUGUGACUGUCAAAGUUCUGUUUAUAGUGGCUAUGUAAUGUAAAAAUUCUAGUGCCAGAAUCUAUUUCAAUCAGUGUUUUCUUAAUAUUGGAUUACACUUUAGCCUGCAUGUAAGAUUCUGGGAAACUGCCCACCCACCUACCCCUCCCCUAACCCAACAUUUUGCCCUAGGAAUGCAGUUAAUAGUGUUUACCUGAGAUUAGGGGAGGGGUAGGUGGGAAGUUUCCCAGUUUCCUAGAAUGUUACAAUGUUAAAAAAAAAUCUAUUGCUGCUUUGUUCAGUUUUUCAAAAGGAUGAUCACUAUCCACCAGUAAAAUCUCUAUCCACUCAAUAACAAACUAAGUUAGUAUUCCUUAUACUUAUCCCCUGGAUAUUAAUCUGGUCCUGAUUGUUCAAACAUCGGAUAGCAAUAUCCACAAGAUAAAUCGCUCUCCAGGAGAUAGGUAUUAGGGAAAUCAAUUGCGUUAUCCACUGGAUAGAGAUUUAUUCAAUCAUUAUCCACCUUUCAAACAACUGGGCCCUGGUGGAUAGUGCUUAAUCCAGCUCUUCAACAACUGAGGUCUCAGCACAGUUAUAAGUACAGAUCACAACAAAACACAAAUACAUUUUGCUCUAGGAAUGCAGUUAAUAGUGUUUACCUGAGAUUGGGGUAGGGGUAGGUGGGAAGUUUCCCAGUUUCCUAGAAUGUUACAAUGUUAAAAAAAAAAUCUAUUGCUGCUUUGUUCAUGAUGUUUUUAUUUAAAGAAUUAGCAAUUUUUUCUGAGUUUUUGCUUUCAAGAGGUAUAAGAGCAGCUAAACACCUAAAUUUAUUUUUAAAACGUUUACAAAUUUUAAGUUUGAAAGGGCUCUUUGUUUCUGAGACAUGUAUAGUAAGCUUGAAUUUCUUUUCUUCAAUUCCAUGAUGUGACAUUUAAAUGACUACCAAGGAAGCUGUGCAGAAGGUUUAAAAGUGAAGUGUCUUUUGAGUUUUUAAUAUCUGAACAGACUUUGUCUAAGAAUUUCAUGAAGAAGUGUACUGUAACUUCUCAACCCUAUUCAGUAAGGUUAAAUCGACGUAAUUUCAUUUGACUUUCAAGCAUAAUCACGGAUCCGUGCUCCACCUACCGAAAAUUCCGCCAUGUUUGUGUUCACUUUGUGUUCACUGGGUUUCGGGGUGACGUCACGAUUUGGUACCAGUAUCCACGCUGCGCAAAGUCGGCGCUAUAUCUAGAAAUUUUUUGGCAGUAUUUUUUAAAAUAAUUUUUCAGUACCGUAAAUAGCUUUGUCAGGUACAGCAGUGAAUUUUUUUUAAUUUUCCAAUUUCAAGACCAAACGUCGAAUUAUUUAUAAAAUAAGACAUAAGUUUACACACACUAUACUUUAAGUUUCUGUUUCGAAAAUAUAAAUAGGCAAGUAAAAAGCACAAGUUUCGGGGAAGGCAUGAUAAUAACGAAAGUAUUUCUUUGCUUGCGUUGGAUAGUCAAUACUUUGAGUCACUUCCUGCAUGAAGAGUAAAAGACUGCCCGUGCGCAUCCCCCAAGGGAGUAUUUUGUGCAUGUGCCGGUUGCUCGCAGGGCAUCAUGGUUAAUGUUGUGAAAAAUGGCGCAAAGGGAUCGCUUCACUGUAAAUAACGCAGAAAACAAAUCACUGAUUUUUAAGCGUACUCGUUGGAUUCAGUAGAUUAAAAGAUGCCUAAGGCUACCAAUGGUAAAAAGCGAAAGAGAGAUAAGAAAAAGGAUGAAGAACGCAACGCGAAGAAAGCAAAAUCAAAUGACGACGGUGGAGUCAAACAAAGCGAUGUUGAACUGGGAGGAGAAGGUUAUGGUUCUGAAAAGCCUUGUGAAAAAGAACCAGAAAUUGAUGAUAUUGAUGAAAUUUUGGAGGAGAAUGCAGCAAGGAACAACUUAACGGCAAUUAAUGUCAGAAGCAUUCUACAUGUAAGCUCUGAUUAUUAAUUUGUUGUGUACACGUGUGUCGUUGAUCAUGUAGCUACUUGUACUAGUACUUUGAAUGGCGUAACCUAAGUUGGAACAUUUGGUUGAACAGUUUAACGACGGCUUUUUUUCCAGCGGGCAAUCCCCUCUUGGCCGAGAAGUUUUUCAAGCCUUUCGUCUUUUCGUGUGUAUGUUUUUUUUGUUGCCGUGUGAUCAUGUGUGAACUGCUGGUACAUUUAUGCUUAUUAUGGUAGCCUUAGGUUUACGGUAAUGUACUCAACUCAAAGUAGGUGAAAUAUGAUCAUCAGGUGAGUGUAGUCCUCUGUUUCUGACAGUGACCAGGGCAUUUUCGAUAACUUACAAGUGCAGUAGUCAUCUUCAGAGUCUACAGUACAGGUCCUGGGCAUUGCAGCAUUACACAUGGGUUUCAUGCGUGGAAAUCCACCAUAUUGCACGCAAAUUCCAUGAGAAAAACAUGUGUGAAACACCCGUGUAAAGAAAUACACUCAAAAAUACACGAGAAAAUACAUGCAAAUUAGGAAAAUCUGCAUGUAAAACUUUACUCUCAGAUUAUUGUAAUUUGCAUGUAUUCGGUUUACUCGAGUUCUUACAUCGCUAGCUUAGUGAGUGUAGUUGUACUUGUGCGGGUGGCUUUGUUUUAAUAGCAUAAAGUGAAUCAAACUUUCGAGGCACAUUCAAAUGUUAGUAUUAUUCUUAUGUUAUCUGGGCUAAAAGUGAUCCAAGUUUUUUUUACACAUUCUUCACUUGAAUCUUCAUUUGUAGGCUUCGCAGAGAUUAUAAAAAGGAUUCAAUUAAAACCAGUUCCAGCUAUCAACUCGCAACUACAUGUAUUUUGAUGGACCAACUACUCUGUAAUGUGACGCUGUUAUUUACAUCUCUGUUUUGGUGACCGGUCCCUUCUACAUGUAUUUUGUUUAUUUUGGCAAUAAUUGAAAUUUCUUUUAGCUUGCAGCGUCACUCAGUCAUGUCGUCCAUCUAUUUUAAGCAAAUAACCAGGGGUUACUGCAAGAACUAAUUUUAGUUCCCGGGUUUUAGUUUUACCUGCCAAGGAAAGGUUGUCUUUUAAGGUCUCCAAUUACACUACAUGUAAAUUUGUAGUGAAAUUGUAUCCAAGUUUAGUAAUAACGCAUUGUAAUUUUUAAACAACAACUAAGGACAUAUCGUGAAUAAUUCAAUGCUAAUUCAAUGUUAGAAUAAAGACAGAUGUAAAAGAGAAACCUGUGAGGGCUGACAUUACGAGUCUUCAUAGCGAAUAACACAUAGCUUAAAUGGCAGGCUACUAAUAACAUCACGAUUUAAUUGACCUUUCAGGUGAACCACCAGAGUUUAAUACCAUCAACUGACAUGAUACAACUCACUUUGACUCUGAAGAUGACUACUACACAGGUUGUCGAAAUGUCAAUCACUGUCAACAACAACAGUCCUAUUCAGGACUAUGUUCACCCACGGAUGAUCCUACUCAAUCCUCUUAUGAAAUGACUGUUGUGUUUAAACCUUUCCCGGACAAUUUAUUGUUUAUGUAUUUUUAAUGAAUUCUUUCCUCUUUGUCUGCUAUAGCAUGUUGUAACUGAUAAGAGGGUCCUUGCCAUGGUGAAGAGUGCAGUUGCUGAAGCUGAUGAUGAGCAAGGUGAUGAUACUGCUGGUGUUGAUCAAGAUGUUGGACUAGACUUUGUAAGUUACUGUUAUUUCAUUGGAAAUAAAACCAAAAUCCAGGUACAACUGUAGUGUGACAGAUGGGCAACAACUAUUGUACAUGUACAAAACUGUACAUGUAACAUUCAGAGAGCAGUGAAAAUAAUGUGGUAAUACAUGGCAGCUUCACAAGGGACAUUAUUAUAUUGUACGUGUGCACUGUACAUUUUUUGUCAAGAAUUUGGUUAAAUUGUCGUAAAUUAUUUAACAAAAUUAACAAAAGAGUUACAGUAUACAUCGCCCUUGUGAAGCUGCCAUGUUUUUUUUUUUACCAUUUUUUUUAUUUUGUUUUAAGUGUUCUAAACAUUUUGGGAGUGGUUACUUAGAAGUUAAGAUGUACUUUUUUUUUCAUUCAUUCAUUCAUUCAUUCAUUCAUAGUUUAUUUGGUAAAGCAGGUUAAGUUAAAAGGCAGCUAAAGCUGAUGUGGACCUGCUGAUAAACUAUUUAUUGAUGAUAUACUUACAUGUAGGCAGUAUGUGAAGCAGUGGUCAGUUCGAAAGCCAUGCUCUUCUGACAACUGUACACUUCUCUCCAAGCCAGUUAAUUCUAUCUUUUCUUCUCUUUUGUGUUAUUAUUUAUUCCUAUGUUACUCUCUGGUCAGUGUAAUUAUUAUAGGAGUAUCAAUAAAAAACUGAAACCCCUUAGUUCUAAAGGUUACACUGUACAAGUACAUAUUGCAUGUACAGUCUGUUCAUUUAAUAAUCAUUAUUUUACAAAAGAAUUGAGAAAACAUAUAUAGGCCAAAAAUUGAAUUAUUUUAGAAAUGUUCUCUUUAGGUUAUAUUAAUCUAACAUACUUUGUGCAGCACAUCUUUCUAUCUCAGUGACCUUUGUGUUGUGUACAGUUGUACCUGUGUUGUUGCCUGUGUUGUGUAGGUUUUUAUUAUAAAUAUACAGUGUACGUGUCAAAAAAAGUGCAUUUUGCUUGAUUCAUUGUUAUCAUUUUGAGAAAUGGUAGUUUACAUGUAAGUGUUAAGCCCUCCGGUUCUUUGACCUCUAUAAUGGGUGGUUAUCAGUCAUUCAAACAGGCCUUUAUCUCUCAAAAGCUUGAAUUCAAGGUUUAUAGGAAAAAAUAGUUCUAUGCAAAAGUACAUAGUCCUUAUUAUGUACAUGUAUCUUGAAGUAGGAAUUUUCAGAAGUGUAUGGGAUGGUGAAUUGUGUGUGGUUCAUUGAGACCUUAACAACGUAUACUCCCUGUAGAAAACUUGUUAUAUAGCUUUUCUAUGAAAUUUACCUGUAUGUGAUAUCUUUAUUUACAAGGCACCAAAAAUGACCAGAGCCAAGAGCAAGCAGACAAAUCAAGGAGAUCCUAUUGCUGCUUUGGUAAGAAAAUAAUCUACUGUACAACUUACAUGUACAUAAUAUUAUUCAGUCAAGAUUUUAUUUGUCUUCAGUUUGACCGUAUUUUUCCCUUUGAAGCAAGCUUAUACCAUCAGUAUUUAGUAUUGUUUAUUUUUUCAGGCAUCCCAGUCGCCGAUAAAAGACUUGAAAGCCAAGCAAACUUCAAAAAAUAAGGUAUGAAAUGUUGGUGUUUAAGACUUGUUAUUAGAACUGCAUAAGGGACAGUGUAUUGAGAUUCAUGGUUGGAAGUAGUCAUGAUCAUCCUCAAGAAAAUUUUGUAUUUCUUCUCAAUAUUGGUACAUCAAUUUUGGCUUAAAGGACUGUGUUAAGAGUUGGUGUAAAGUGUCAUCUCAGAAUUACUUUGACAUUGUUGUUGAAUUUUGACCACCUUUCAGAUUCUCCAUGCAGUAAUUCAAGGAGUAGACUACAUUUGUAUUUAUUAAAUAAUACUCUACUUCUUGAGUUGGUGCUUUUUAAAAGAAUAAAUAAUAAUUGGUCACCUGCAUUCAUGCUUUAAAGCUCUGAACUGCAUGUCAAAGUGCAAUUUGCAACUUUAUAAAGCAAAAACUGCUUCAGAUGAUCCCCUUGUCUGUUGGUUAUAAAACUUAUAAUAAAAAAGUUUUGGUUUUUACAUGACUCAAACAAAUCUCACUGUGACUGGUAUAUUGUUGCCUCAUAGAAGAUUCACUUUACAGAGUUGGAGCUCCCAGAAUCAUCCUCUGAUGAAGAAUACAAUCCAGAUGAUGAGGUAAGUCUGAACCAGACAGAUCCUAAUAGACCGUUUGGUCUAUCAUUUUCCAGAAGUGCCUUGUGCACAGCUGUAUCAUGCUGGCUUUCACCCACAAUGACAUUAGGCAAGCACAGGCCUUACACACUCUAAUAUUUUCAUGUCCCUAAUAUCGUGAGUAUCAAAUUACUUCUUAAUUUUAGCACGAAAUUUCCAGCAUUAAUAAUCCUUAUAUUAUACAAUACAAGUACUUAAUUGUUAUCUCUCCUGAAGGGGCUAUUCUGAGAUAAUUUACAAUUGAAGUAAUAAUAAGUAUGUGUAAUCAAAUGGUGACGAGUGAAAUUAGGGAAUAAUUUCAUGCGCGUUUUGUCCAAAUCCUUAUAAUUUCCCGAGCACUUUGAAACUUACAGCCCAUAAAAAGUUGGUUUAACUGUGUCACAUGUCCUCUUUUUCAGGAUGCAAGUGAUGAUGAUGCAGAAAGUUUUCUAUCAUUUUCAAGGUUUAACUGAUGUUUUGGUUUGUUCAAUCAAAAACUGAAAGUACAGUCUGUACUUGUCCAAGUACUUUUUGCCAUUUUUGGGUUUGAGUUUUUCAUAUUUAAUGCAUUUAAAUGCAAUUUGAAGGAGUUAACAACUAAGAGCGCCUGGGUGCCUAGGUCAGCGGUCUUUGGCAUGCGCAUGCCCGGUGGCUGGCUACAUCGAUCAUGUGAUUCCUUGGCGCAUUCAGUUUUCCCUUUGUGCUGGGUUCUGUCUGCCAUUUUCUUCCUCUCCCGCCCUCCCCCAAGGCUUGUUGGGUUUUUUUCCACUGGUGUUUUUUCAGUGUGACGGGUGCCUGUUCCUUUCCUCUGGUGUGGGGGCUCAUGACUGGGUUGCGCUGUUGCGCCAGUCAUGGGGGCAUUAUUUCAAUCUAUGGAUACGCCAGGCACCCAACCUCCAUUUUAGCGAUGCAGUUGUUAAAUACAAUUUUCUGUUAAUGAUGUGGAAAAACUUAGGGAUAUUAUUUUUAGGGCUUGUACUUUAAACUUAACAAUUUGAUGUGGUUUUAAAUAUUUUGGUUAACUCUAGAGUAAAUGAUCAUGUACAAAAUUCUCUCCCAGCAUCCAGCUGAAAAAUUUAAUAUUGGAAAAGACUUAAGAAAGUACUAAAACUGAAAAUUAAUGUCAUAGAAUGCAAUGUUACAUACUAUAAAACCAUUUUUUUAAAUCAAAAUUUCCUUUUCUGAAUGAAUGUUCCUUUUUUAUUGCAGUGACCUGGCAUCUCCAGCACAUAUGCCUGGUACACCGGAAAGUCAUAAAACAGAGACUACAGAGUCUGGAGAGCCAACUGAAUCAACUAAAUCACCAACAGGUACAUACACAUGUGUACAUAUAUUAUGCCCAUGAUUGUACAGUUAAUCUUUCAAAAAAAAAGUAUACAAUGUAUACUAAUAUUCAAUGCAUGUACAUGUAAUGCAAUCAUGUAACAUGGUAGUUCUAACAUUAUGCAUUAUGUGUAUAUAAAUAAUUUAUGCUCAUCCCUGCUAAGGGACUCUUGCCACCGGAGACCUUUCACUGCUACCCUUUUCAAACAUUGCAUUUAUAAUUGAACUGGUUGGGAAAUGUAUUAUUAAUGUAUUGUAGAUUGUGUCUGAGAGCUUAGGUAUUAAGCUUUCACGUACAGUGUGGGUCUUGCAUGCCUCCAAAAAAUUAAGAUGUUGUUUUUUCUCUAGUGAUCCAACAUUAUUUUAAUGUCUGUUCCUCAAUCCAGCCUAUUAAUGCUUUGUGUGCAGUUGCAAGCUAAAGAAUGAGAUGACAGAAAAAAACAAUGUUUGGAAACUGACUUACUGACUUUCUCAAAAAUGUUAAAUUACAGUUAUUUUACCUUUGCCAUAACAAAUUAUUUUAUGUGUUUUGAUUGAAUUCUUUUAGUGACUAGAUCAUGUAGCAAGAGGCUUUUGCAGGAGCCAUUUAAAGUACCUUAUCCAGUAACGUUAACUGCAUCAGCACCUUUUGAAUUAGAAGAGGUACGUACAUGUACCUGUACAGUACGUGUGACUGUCAAAGUUCUGUUUAUAGUGGCUAUGUAAUGUAAAAAUUCUAGUGCCAGAAUCUAUUUCAAUCAGUGUUUUCUUAAUAUUGGAUUACACUUUAGCCUGCAUGUAAGAUUCUGGGAAACUGCCCACCCACCUACCCCUCCCCUAACCCAACAUUUUGCCCUAGGAAUGCAGUUAAUAGUGUUUACCUGAGAUUAGGGGAGGGGUAGGUGGGAAGUUUCCCAGUUUCCUAGAAUGUUACAAUGUUAAAAAAAAAUCUAUUGCUGCUUUGUUCAGUUUUUCAAAAGGAUGAUCACUAUCCACCAGUAAAAUCUCUAUCCACUCAAUAACAAACUAAGUUAGUAUUCCUUAUACUUAUCCCCUGGAUAUUAAUCUGGUCCUGAUUGUUCAAACAUCGGAUAGCAAUAUCCACAAGAUAAAUCGCUCUCCAGGAGAUAGGUAUUAGGGAAAUCAAUUGCGUUAUCCACUGGAUAGAGAUUUAUUCAAUCAUUAUCCACCUUUCAAACAACUGGGCCCUGGUGGAUAGUGCUUAAUCCAGCUCUUCAACAACUGAGGUCUCAGCACAGUUAUAAGUACAGAUCACAACAAAACACAAAUACAUUUUGCUCUAGGAAUGCAGUUAAUAGUGUUUACCUGAGAUUGGGGUAGGGGUAGGUGGGAAGUUUCCCAGUUUCCUAGAAUGUUACAAUGUUAAAAAAAAAAUCUAUUGCUGCUUUGUUCAUGAUGUUUUUAUUUAAAGAAUUAGCAAUUUUUUCUGAGUUUUUGCUUUCAAGAGGUAUAAGAGCAGCUAAACACCUAAAUUUAUUUUUAAAACGUUUACAAAUUUUAAGUUUGAAAGGGCUCUUUGUUUCUGAGACAUGUAUAGUAAGCUUGAAUUUCUUUUCUUCAAUUCCAUGAUGUGACAUUUAAAUGACUACCAAGGAAGCUGUGCAGAAGGUUUAAAAGUGAAGUGUCUUUUGAGUUUUUAAUAUCUGAACAGACUUUGUCUAAGAAUUUCAUGAAGAAGUGUACUGUAACUUCUCAACCCUAUUCAGUAAGGUUUUGAUGGUUAAUAUAAAUUUUUUGUGAAUCAUGAAUGGUACUCUUAUUACAGUCUGUCCAUUUACAUAAUGUUGAAUCUUUUUUGGGUGGUACAGUAUAUUGUGAGUUUGUUCUUGCAGAUUACUGUUGUGGAAGAAGGUGACUUGAUAGCCAAAAGAACUCGCUCUCAGUUGCCUCUCCAAGAUGUUUCUAUUGAAAGUAUUGAAGGUACGUAUUGUUAACACAACCAAGAACAGAAAGUAUUAAUCUACUGUUGUUAGUGAAUUACAGCAAUGUAAUUAAAUUUGGAUUGCCCCACCCCUCUCUUACAUGUACACCACAAACAGUAAUUGAAGCAUGUUUCAGCAUUGUAUAAGGCAGGGGGGAGAGAGAACUGCGAGGUAUUUUCCAAAAGGUAGCGCUCUUUUAUGAAAGCACACAAGAAUUACUGUCCCAAGGACUUUUGUCCAGGAUUGUAGUAAUAGUAAAAAUAUAUGGCAAAGCACCUCAAUAUAAUAAUGAAACCUCUUUAUUGCAAACAUAUUUAGCCAUUCCCUUGGCUCUUUGUUUUAAUUAAUUUCCACUGAAGAUUCUGUUGGGUUGAGCUUUGGAUUUUGGACUUGUCUUCAGUUUGAUUUUAGGCAUUAGUUGAAAUACACAACAGGAUGGCAAAAGGAAGAGGAUGGCAAAAUGUAUUUGUGUUUUGUUGUGAUCUUUACUUAUAACUGUGUUCAGGCCCCAGCUGUUGAAGAGCUGGAUUAAGCACUAACCACCAGGUCCCAGUUGUUCGAAAGGUGGAUAAUACUAUCCAUUGGAUAAAUCUCUAUCCAGUGGAUUACGCAAUUGAUUUCCCUAAUACCUAUCUCCUGGAGAGCGAUUUAUCCUGUGGAUAUUGCUAUCCAAUGUUUGAACAAUCAGGGCCAGAUUAAUAUCCAGGGGAUAAGUAUAAGGAAUACUAACUUAGUUUGUUAUUGAGUGGAUAGAGAUUUAACUGGUGGAUAGCGAUUGCCCUUUUGAAAAACUGGGGCCUUGUCUUUUAUUAAGAAUUCAUCUGUUUAAAGGAAGGUAAGGUUUGGUGGAAAAUUUUUUCAAACAUACUUAAUCAUGACACGCUUGUUACACAAGGUUUGCGAUUGUCUUUCCUCUACUUUCCUAUUGUGUAAGUCUACUACUCUGAAGGAGUUCAAGGAGUAAUUCUGACCAACACCUUCUGUUUUAUUUAGCCACAUUCCAGCCUCCAGAUUUCACUGCUGAUAUGUAUGAUAGUAUCCCAGUGGAUGAUAUGGACUUUGAAGACAUUGAAUGGCAGAAGUGGCNACGCUUGUUACACAAGGUUUGCGAUUGUCUUUCCUCUACUUUCCUAUUGUGUAAGUCUACUACUCUGAAGGAGUUCAAGGAGUAAUUCUGACCAACACCUUCUGUUUUAUUUAGCCACAUUCCAGCCUCCAGAUUUCACUGCUGAUAUGUAUGAUAGUAUCCCAGUGGAUGAUAUGGACUUUGAAGACAUUGAAUGGCAGAAGUGGCUUCAGGGACUAGUCAACUCAGGUAUAUACCAUGUACAUGUAGGAGAAUCAUUGAUGAUGUGCAAGUUCAGUAUGUUAAAUGCAUUUAUUUUUUAAAGACAAAGUUGGGUUUUUGCCAAAAAUUGAAGAAGGCUAAUGUCCAGCCUUCUUGGCCAAACAAUUCCUCCAGUGGUCAAUUCAUAGAAUGUGAAAGAAUCACUUGUAUGGCCAAGCAGAAAGUUCAUAACAAUGUUUGUCUAUUACACUGUAUGUCUAUUACACGGUAAAUCAAAAGUCUGAUGCAAAAAUUCAGUUACUUUGAAGCACUUUCAAAAAUGACCAAAUAACCAAGGUGUCAUUCUUGCACUGAGCCCUUCAAUUUCUUUCAUUGGUUAACCAAAUUCACUUCAUAUCGCCUGCUUUUGGAGAAUGCCAACGACCAUCUACAUGUGGAAAGACUUAACAGUUGAUCAUAUAAUAACUAAGUUUGUAUGCCCCGUGCUUUACGUUUGACAGAGUUUUUGACUUUUUCAUUGCUUGCUAAUGCUCAUCACCAUUAGAGUUGAUCUCUAUGAUAUUAGAACUUUGUGCUAAUAGUUUUUCAUUGUUAAGAUCUCAAUGCUGGCAUACAGUAUUUUUCUCUUUUUGAUUAUUGAACAGCUGUGACUACAUGUAUUUUUUUGUACUUGUAGACAUACACAAAGUAGUGUAUGGUUUAGCACAUUUUAAUCCAUUAUUGCUUGUUGAAUAAUCCAGUAAUUUUUAUUUUUGUUUUACAUGUAGAUGAAGUCUGUGGUGAAGAUGAUCAGGAGGAUACUGAAUACAAUUUCAUGGCUGAAGACCAAAAAGAAGAAAAGGAAGAAUACAGGAACGACAGAGCUGUUAGAAUUCCACGUAAGUAACUAAUGUGUGACUGUCAAAGAUUCAGGACUCUAGUUUAGUUAAUAGUUGAGGUUUAGUAAUGUUAUAUAAAAUCGCACAAUUUUUUUUGUCCUCGAUUACUGCCAGUAGGCUUUUUCUCCGUCAGGCAUGACAUUUAUUUACAAAAUAGCUUGCUGCCAUUUUCUUGCAUAAGACUGAUACUUACCAGCACAAGAGUCAUUUGAACUAGCCCGAAAAAAGUAUUGAUGUGUAGAAUUGAUCGCAGUUUUUCUGUAAUUUACAAUGUAAAUCUGCCCCAAACACUUCACUUGCCCAUCAUGCAAGUUUAGAAUAGAAUUCACUAGCCCAAUAGCAAAAUCUACUAGCCCCAGGCUAUCGGACAUGACUUUCUUUGGACGCUUUUUCAGUCCCUACAUUUGUGUCAAUUUAUAAAAUGUACGCCUCUGUAGAAGAGACAUUUGGUUCUGUCCUAUUGGUGUCCAUGAUAAUAUUAAAGAGGUCUGACGAUAUUUGAUUUGCUAUUUGUUUCUUUGUAGAGAAGGAAGUUAAUGAACUGUUUGAGGAAUUACUGAAAGAUGUAAGUAUUACCGGUACAUGUUGUAUUUGUAUAAACUAGGACAACAAUUAUUUGUCUUUUUUAUGAAGGAUUUAAAAACGAUGUUACUGUUUAUCACACACUGUGCAAUACUGAAUUAUUUCAUAAUCCUUACUGAAUUGUGAUUACACAGUUUGAUGACAACGAGGAUGGCUAUUGUGUGACUGACGAAGGGGAACCAGUAGGGUAUCUGGAGAUGCUAAGUAGCGGGUUGGUGUAUUCUUUUGGUUCCAGUCUUAAUCAUGUUUCAAUUUUUGUGUACAGUUUUACAUUGGUAUUUUUGUAUUUUGUUAUUUUUCCCAUUCUGUUUUAAUACAAUUGAUGUAUAAACAAUGCAUAAAGUAUUACAAAACAUUAAACAGAGACACAUCGAAGAUGUACUGUUUCACUGUUCUGUCAAGCUAUCAAGUCAAUAAAAAAAAAUUAAUGAAGUAAAAUAUUUAAGAAUAAAUAUUUUCGAAAUCACACGUUUCACUUUCGUUUAUUUUUAUUCUUAAAUUUUUCUAUAAAAUUAAAUUGAUUAAGAUAAAUGAUUAUUGUUCUAUCCAUAUGCAGUGUAAAACGUGGUUCAAGAAGUCCUUCCUGAGCACUAUAGCCUUGAUUUUUAUUCUCAUGAUUGUUGCAGACUUCUUUACCUUUGCAAUUUACGUCCGUCGAUGUUAGAAUAAAAAACCCUUGGUCUAUAUCAUGUGUUUUGUUUGUCCCUGUCCAUACAAUAAAUCUUCAUUUUGACUGUUUGUGUGCAAUCUUUUUUCUUUAGGACCAGUGGUCAGGAUAAUGUUCAGUUGUUCUCGCAGCAGCAGUUGGACAGAUUAAAUGUACAACUACAACAGGUAGAUGAAGACACUGCGCAUGAGCGGAGCACGCUUCGCCCUUUAAGAAACAAGAUGGAGACUGGAGCCGAAAUGCGUCCCGCAAUCUGUUUCUGAGAUCGUUACUGGGGACGCGUCGGUCAGCUAUGGGGCAUUUUUCUUCCCUGUCCCUUGUCCCCAGUAACAGUCCCUAGUAACAGUCCCAGUCGUCUUUGUGAAAAUUAACUCUCCCCAUCUUCCUUCUCGUUUCUAAAGUGGCAAAACUCAUGAUGCUUAUAGCCAGUUACAUGUCAUACACAUGCGUCAUCAUAACGACACAAACACGGGGAUCAAAUUAGACCUAGAGGAAAUCACAAAAUAAGAAUCGUGGUAAGAUGAAAACAGAUCCCAGAGGUGUGCGCAUGAACGAAGUUAAUCAGGCGUUUUAAUACAACAACAACAUCAGCAACAAUAGAAAGCCAGCUCUACUUCAUACUGUUUCUUAUGACCGCAAACACAUGGAGACCUACAUUAUAAGAAAGCGCAAAAUUCAACUAACACUCCAGGAAGCGCGGUGAGCGGAGCACCUACACCAGAAAAAACAUAAUAAACUCAUCGAGUUAGAAAAUCAUGGCGCUUACAGUUAAUGAUGGUUUUUCUUCUUGCCCCUUUCGUCGCGCGUGACUCUCGCUUCGUGCUCUUCUAACGCAGGUUUGAUUGGUGGGUGGUAAAACGCGCAACUUAGUUUUUCAACUCAUUUUGUAGCAAUGUUGCAAAGCCAGUUGCUCGUUUUUGUUGCCCGUUUAUCCGUAGCUUUAUACCAGUUAACAUAUUUAUCAUAUAAAAAUUGUGUGCUCGUGUGACACCUUGCCUUUCACUCCGAAUUCUAAUCAGAAUUUUCUUUCCAGCACACACAGCUCCUUACACAGAUAUACUUGAUGUCGCGAGAGGAUGACAGCCUGAGCAAAGAAGCAAAGCUGACACGUGACUAUGUCACUGAAUUGAAAGGUUUCCAAGACCGUGCAUGUAAUGCUCAGCUCAUAAGAGGACUGGGUGACGGAAAGGUGCAUACGUCAGCAUUUAGCUUUCCAGGGCUUGAGGACGCUGUCGAGUAAGUCCCUUAUGUGAAGAGUUGUGCGCGUCCUCUCGAGGACGCUGUUGGGUAAGACCCUUAUGUGAAGUAAUGUGCGCGUCCUCUCCAGGACGCUGUCGAGUAAGUCCCUGAAGUGUGAAGUUUUGUGCGCGUCCUCUCGAGGAUGCUGUCGAGUAAGUCCCUUAAGUGUGACGUUUUGUGCGCGUCCUCUCGAGGAUACUGUCGAGUAAGUCCCUUAAGUGUGGCGUUUUGUGCGCGUCCUCUCGAGGAUGCUGUCGAGUAAGUCCCUUAAGUGUGACGUUUUGUGCGCGUCCUCUCGAGGAUACUGUCGAGUAAGUCUCUUAUGUGAAGUGUUGUUCGUGCCCUUUUUUAUCAUGGCAGGAUAAGAUCAGUCGGUAGAGCGCUUGGGAUAUCGCGGGUUCGAUUCCUGGGGCCAGAACAAUACUCAGGGUCUUGAAAUAACACUGAGAAGUGAAGGUUUCCCUUUGCCUUGCAAACGGCUAGACCUUUGUGUGGCCCGAAUGACCGUGUAAAAUGGCGGCCGCGUCUACAGUAGGAGACGUAAAUAAAUGUUCCCAAUUAGUACUUUCGUGCUAAAUACAGUGACACCGGACUCGAUCGAAUUUAAAAUAAUCUCUGGUUCUUUUCAGAAUUGUUAAUAGUACCUUCGUACCUAAACGACGAACACCGAGCCCACGAAAAUGCGCCACUCCCAAGAAGGAUAACAAAUCUCCUGCCAAAACAACGAGGCGUUCCAGACGUGUAGAAGAAGAGCUGCUUCCGUCGCCAUCCGACACCAACGUCCAGUUAAUGGCGGCGAACACAAACGUGUUCCGGUUCGUGGAGUUGCUUCCUUUUCAUAAUCUUCUUCCCAGGACAGGCGACACGCCCAAGCAGUUGAACGGGCUGCGGGUCAAAUUCUCGGAUGCUGAAGAUAACCUGCUGGCGAUGGGAAUGAAGCAAUUGGGCAAAAAAUGGGAACUAAUUCAAGAGCAUUUGCUGCCUGUGAAAAGUCCUAAACAGCUACAGAUUCGCUGCAAGAAUCUGCUAUCUGCUCGAGCGCCUGAGAAUGUUGUCAAGUACUAUCGCAGAUAUAAAGAAAUUUGGAUAGAACCAACUAGGGUACAAGUUUCUACAGGUGAUAAUUAACUAAAUAAAUAUGGCUCUUGCUCUGAGACCUAUUGAAUUUAGUGAAUGUAGAAUUUAUUUUUCAAAUUUCAAUUCAAAGGUCGACAAUGAUCUUCAUUGGAGUUAAUUAAUUUUUCUUUUAAAAAGGAAAAAUACUUUAGUUGUCGAUAACAAACGUGGUAGUUUCGUCGUCGAGGGGGUCAAAGAAGAAAUUGGCCGCCUACUUAAUUUUCUAUAAAUCGUCUAACUUUGUUUGUACUAUACAGAACAUCGUAUUCGGAGACAGCGAAGCAGACAAUCGUUGGAACCAGAGUGGAUGAAAAAUUACAAAAAGCGAGAGAAGGAACGCCGUGAAAGUCAAGAAAAAGCGAAAGCCAAGGUUGUAAAACAGAAUAGUUUGUUCUUGCAGAUUACUGUUGUGGAAGAAGGUGACUUGAUAGCCAAAAGAACUCGCUCUCAGUUGCCUCUCCAAGAUGUUUCUAUUGAAAGUAUUGAAGGUACGUAUUGUUAACACAACCAAUAACAGAAAGUAUUAAUCUACUGUUGUAAGUGAAUUACAGCAAUGUAAUUAAAUUUGGAUUGCCCCACCCCUCUCUUACAUGUACACCACAAACAGUAUUUGAAGCAUGUUUCAGCAUUGUAUAAGGCAGGGGGGAGAGAGAACGGCGAGGUAUUUUCCAAAAGGUAGCGCUGUUUUAUGAAAGCACACAAGAAUUACUGUCCCAAGGACUUUUGUCCAGGAUUGUAGUGAUAGUAAAAAUAUAUGGCAAUGCACCUCAAUAUAAUAAUCAAACCUCUUUAUUGCAAACAUAUUUAGCCAUUCCCUUGGCUCUUUAUUUUAACUAAUUUCCACUGAAGAUUCUGUUGGGUUGAGCUUUGGAUUUUGGACUUGUCUUCAGUUUGAUUUUAGGCAUUAGUUGACAUACACAACAGGAUGGCAAAAGGAAGAGGAUGGCAAAAUGUAUUUGUGUUUUGUUGUGAUCUUUACUUAUAACUGUGUUCAGGCCCCAGUUGUUGAAGAGCUGGAUUAAGCACUAACCACCAGGUCCCAGUUGUUUGAAAGGUGGAUAAUUCAUCCAUUGGAUAAAUCUCUAUCCAGUGGAUAGCGCAAUUGAUUUCCCUAAUACCUAUCUCCUGGAGAGCGAUUUAUCUUGUGGAUAUUGCUAUCCAAUGUUUGAACAAUCAGGGCCAGAUUAAUAUCCAGGGGAUAAGUAUAAGGAAUGCUAACUUAGUUUGUUAUUGAGUGGAUAGAGAUUUAUCUGGUGGAUAGCAAUCCUCCUUUUGAAAAACUGGGGCCUUGUCUUUUAGAUUCUUUUUUGUUAAGAAUUAAUCUGUUUAAAGGAAGGUAAGAUUUGGCGGAAAAUUUUUUCAAACAUACUUAAUCAUGACAUGCUUGUUACACAAGGUUUGCAAUAAUUAUUGUCUUUCCUCUGCUCUCCUAUCGUGUAAGUCUACUACUCGUAAGGAGUUGAAGGAGUAAUUCUGACCAACACCUUCUGUUUUAUUUAGCCACAUUCCAGCCUCCAGAUUUCACUGCUGAUAUGUAUGAUAGUAUCCCAGUGGAUGAUAUGGACUUUGAAGACAUUGAAUGGCAGAAGUGGCUUCAGGGACUAGUCAAUUCAGGUAUAUACCAUGUACAUGUAGGAGAAUCAUUGAUGAUGUGCAAGUUCAGUAUGUUAAAUGCAGUUAUUUUUUAAGACAAAGUUGGGUUUUUGCCAAAAAUUGAAGAAGGCUAAUGUCCAGCCUUCUUGGCCAAACAAUUCUUCCACUGGUCAAUUUAUGCAAUGUAAAAGAGUCACUUGUAUGGCCAAACAAAAAGUUCAUAAACAAUGCUUGUCUAUUACACUGUAUGUCUAUCACACUGUAAACAAUGUUUGUCUAUUACAAUGUAAAUAAAAAUUCUGAUGCAAAAAUUCAGUUACUUUGAAGCACUUUCAAAAAUGGUGUCAUUCUAAUGCACUGAGCCCUUCAGUUUCUCUCAUUGGUUAACCAGAUUCACUUCAUAUUGUCUGCUUUUGGAGAAUGCCAACGAUCAUCUACAUGUGGAAAGACUUAACAGUUGAUCAUAUAAUAAAGAAGUUUGUAUGCCCCUGUGCCUUAUGUUUGACAGAGUUUUUGACUUUUUCAUUGUGAAAAGAAUUCCUUGCUAAUACUUACCACCAUUAGAGUCCAUCUCUAUGAUAUUAGAACUUUGUGCUAAUAGUUUUUUACUAUUAAGAUCUCAAUGCUGGCAUACAGUAUUUUUCUCUUUUUGAUUAUUGAACAGCUGUCACUAUAUGUAUUUUUUUUUGUACUUGUAGACAUACACAAAGUAGUGUAUGGUUUAGCACGUUUUAAUCCAUUAUUGCUUGUCAAAUAAUCCAAUUAUUUUUAUUUUUGUUUUACAUGUAGAUGAAGUCUGUGGUGAAGAUGAUCAGGAGGAUACUGAAUACAAUUUCAUGGCGGAAGACCAAAAAGAAGAAAAGGAAGAAUACAGGAAUGACAGAGCUGUUAGAAUUCCACGUAAGUAACUAAUGUGUGACUGUCAAAGAACCAGGACUCUAGUUUAUAUUAGUUAAUUGCUGAGGUUUAGUAAUGUUGUAUAAAAUCGCACAUUUUUUUUUGUUUUCGAUUACUGCCAGUAGGCUAUUUCUUCGUCAGUCAUGAUAUUGUUAAUGGAGCAUUUGUUUACAAAAUAGCUUGCUGCCAUUUUCUUGCAUAAGACUGGUACACUGUGCAUACCAGCCCAAGAGUCAUUUGAACUAGCCCGAAAAAAUUUUUGAUGAGCAGAAUUGAUCGCAAUUUUUCUGUAAUUUAAAUUCCCCCCAAACACUUCAUUUGCCCGUCAUGCAAGUUUAGAAUAGAAUUCAGUAGCCAAAUAGCAAAAUCUACUAGCCCCAGGCUAUCGGACAUGACUUUCUUUGGUAGCUUUUUCAGUCCCUACAUUUGCGUCAGUCUAUAAAAUGUACACCUCUGUAAAACAGACAUUUGGUUCUGUCCUAUUGGUGUCCAUUAUAAUAUUAAAGAGGUCUGAUGAUAUUUGAGUUGCUAUUUGUUUCCUUGUAGAGAAGGAAGUUAAUGAACUGUUUGAGGAAUUACUUAAAGAUGUAAGUAUUACCGGUACAUGAUGUAUUAAAUAUUUUGUAUAAACUAGGACAACAAUUAUUUGUCUUUUUUAUGAAGGAUUUAAAAACGAUGUUUCUGUUUAUCACACACUGUGCAAUACUGAAUUAUUUCAUAAUCCUUACUGAAUUGUGAUUACACAGUUUGAUGACAACGAGGAUGGCUAUUGUGUGACUGAUGAAGGAGAACCAGUAGGGUAUCUGGAGAUGCUAAAUAGCGGGUUAGUAUUUUCUUUUGGUUCUAGUCUUACUACAAUUUUCAGUCUACAUUUGUGCUGGGAAUCAUUUUUCAGUUUUUGUCUACAGUUCUACAUUGGUAUUUUUGUAUUUUGUUAUUUUUCCCAUUCUGUUUUAAUACAAUUGAUGUAUAAACAAUGCAUAAAGUAUUACAAAACAUUAAACAGAGACACAUCGAAGAUGUACUGUUUCACUGUUCUGUCAAGCCAUCGAGUCAAUAAAAAAAAAUUAAUGAAGUAAAAUGUUUAAGAAUGAAAAUUUUCGAAAUCACACGUUUCACUUUCGUUUAUUUUUAUUCUUAAAUGUUUGUAUAAAAUUAAGUUGAUUAAGAUAAAUGAUUAUUGUUCUAUCGAUAUGCAGUGUAAAACGUGGUUCAAAAAGUCCUUCCUGAGCACUAUAGCCUUGAUUUUUAUUCUCAUGACUGUUGUAGACUUCUCUACCUUUGCAAUUUACGUGGAUGUUAGAAUAAAAAAACCCUUGGUCUAUAUCAUGUGUUUUGUUUUUCCCUGUCCAUAGCGGUCCAUACAGUAAAUCUUCAUUUUGACUGUUUGUGUGUAAUCUUUUUUCUUUAGGACCAGUAGUCAGGAUAAUGUUCAGUUGUUCUCGCAGCAGCAGUUGGACAGAUUAAAUGUACAACUACAACAGGUAGAUGAAGACACUGCGCAUGAGCGGAGCACGCCUCGCCACUUAAGAACGAGAUGGAGACCGCAGCCGAAAUGCAUCCCGCAAUCUGUUUUUGGAAUCGUUACUGGGGACGCGUCGGUCAGCUAUGGGGCAUUUUUCUUCUCUGUCCCUAGUAACAGACCCUAGUAACAGUCCCAGUCGUCUUUGCGAAAGUUAACUCUCCCCAGCUUCCUUCUCGUUUCUAAAGUGGCGAAACUCAUGGUGCUUAUAGCCAGUUACGUGUCAUACACAUGCGUCAUCAUGACGACACAAACACGGGGAUCAAAUUAGACCUAGAGGAAAUCACAAAAUUAGAAUCGUGGAAAGCUGAAAACAGAUCCCAGAGGUGUGCGCAUGAACGAAGUUAAUCAGGCGUUUUAAUACAACAACAACAUCAGCUGCAAUAAAAAGCCAGCUCUACUUCACACUGUUUCUUAUGACCGCAAACACAUGGAGACCUACAUUGUAAGAAAGCGCAAAAUCCAAAUAAGACUACAGGAAGCGCGGUGAGCGGAGCACCUACACCAGAAAAAACAUAAUAAACCCAUCGAAUUAGAAAAUCAUGGCGCUUAAAGUUAAUGAUGUUUUUUCUUCUUGCCCCUUUCGUCGCGCGUGACUCUCGCUUCGUGCUCUUCUAACGCAGGUUUGAUUGGUGGGUGGUAAAACGCGCAACGCAGUUUUUCAACUCAUUUUGUAGCAAUGUUGCAAAGCAAGUUGCUCGUUUUUGUUGCCCAUCUUUCCGUAGCUUUAUACCAGUUUACAUAUUUAUCAUAAAAAUUAUGUGCUCGUGUGACACCUUGUCUUUCACUCCGAAUUCUAAUCAGAAUUUUCUUUCCAGCACACACAGCUCCUUACACAGAUAUACUUGAUGUCGCGAGAGGAUGACAGCCUGAGCAAAGAAGCAAAGCUGACACGUGACUAUGUCACUGAAUUCAACACCUUCUGUUUUAUUUAGCCACAUUCCAGCCUCCAGAUUUCACUGCUGAUAUGUAUGAUAGUAUCCCAGUGGAUGAUAUGGACUUUGAAGACAUUGAAUGGCAGAAGUGGCUUCAGGGACUAGUCAAUUCAGGUAUAUACCAUGUACAUGUAGGAGAAUCAUUGAUGAUGUGCAAGUUCAGUAUGUUAAAUGCAGUUAUUUUUUAAGACAAAGUUGGGUUUUUGCCAAAAAUUGAAGAAGGCUAAUGUCCAGCCUUCUUGGCCAAACAAUUCUUCCACUGGUCAAUUUAUGCAAUGUAAAAGAGUCACUUGUAUGGCCAAACAAAAAGUUCAUAAACAAUGCUUGUCUAUUACACUGUAUGUCUAUCACACUGUAAACAAUGUUUGUCUAUUACAAUGUAAAUAAAAAUUCUGAUGCAAAAAUUCAGUUACUUUGAAGCACUUUCAAAAAUGGUGUCAUUCUAAUGCACUGAGCCCUUCAGUUUCUCUCAUUGGUUAACCAGAUUCACUUCAUAUUGUCUGCUUUUGGAGAAUGCCAACGAUCAUCUACAUGUGGAAAGACUUAACAGUUGAUCAUAUAAUAAAGAAGUUUGUAUGCCCCUGUGCCUUAUGUUUGACAGAGUUUUUGACUUUUUCAUUGUGAAAAGAAUUCCUUGCUAAUACUUACCACCAUUAGAGUCCAUCUCUAUGAUAUUAGAACUUUGUGCUAAUAGUUUUUUACUAUUAAGAUCUCAAUGCUGGCAUACAGUAUUUUUCUCUUUUUGAUUAUUGAACAGCUGUCACUAUAUGUAUUUUUUUUUGUACUUGUAGACAUACACAAAGUAGUGUAUGGUUUAGCACGUUUUAAUCCAUUAUUGCUUGUCAAAUAAUCCAAUUAUUUUUAUUUUUGUUUUACAUGUAGAUGAAGUCUGUGGUGAAGAUGAUCAGGAGGAUACUGAAUACAAUUUCAUGGCGGAAGACCAAAAAGAAGAAAAGGAAGAAUACAGGAAUGACAGAGCUGUUAGAAUUCCACGUAAGUAACUAAUGUGUGACUGUCAAAGAACCAGGACUCUAGUUUAUAUUAGUUAAUUGCUGAGGUUUAGUAAUGUUGUAUAAAAUCGCACAUUUUUUUUUGUUUUCGAUUACUGCCAGUAGGCUAUUUCUUCGUCAGUCAUGAUAUUGUUAAUGGAGCAUUUGUUUACAAAAUAGCUUGCUGCCAUUUUCUUGCAUAAGACUGGUACACUGUGCAUACCAGCCCAAGAGUCAUUUGAACUAGCCCGAAAAAAUUUUUGAUGAGCAGAAUUGAUCGCAAUUUUUCUGUAAUUUAAAUUCCCCCCAAACACUUCAUUUGCCCGUCAUGCAAGUUUAGAAUAGAAUUCAGUAGCCAAAUAGCAAAAUCUACUAGCCCCAGGCUAUCGGACAUGACUUUCUUUGGUAGCUUUUUCAGUCCCUACAUUUGCGUCAGUCUAUAAAAUGUACACCUCUGUAAAACAGACAUUUGGUUCUGUCCUAUUGGUGUCCAUUAUAAUAUUAAAGAGGUCUGAUGAUAUUUGAGUUGCUAUUUGUUUCCUUGUAGAGAAGGAAGUUAAUGAACUGUUUGAGGAAUUACUUAAAGAUGUAAGUAUUACCGGUACAUGAUGUAUUAAAUAUUUUGUAUAAACUAGGACAACAAUUAUUUGUCUUUUUUAUGAAGGAUUUAAAAACGAUGUUUCUGUUUAUCACACACUGUGCAAUACUGAAUUAUUUCAUAAUCCUUACUGAAUUGUGAUUACACAGUUUGAUGACAACGAGGAUGGCUAUUGUGUGACUGAUGAAGGAGAACCAGUAGGGUAUCUGGAGAUGCUAAAUAGCGGGUUAGUAUUUUCUUUUGGUUCUAGUCUUACUACAAUUUUCAGUCUACAUUUGUGCUGGGAAUCAUUUUUCAGUUUUUGUCUACAGUUCUACAUUGGUAUUUUUGUAUUUUGUUAUUUUUCCCAUUCUGUUUUAAUACAAUUGAUGUAUAAACAAUGCAUAAAGUAUUACAAAACAUUAAACAGAGACACAUCGAAGAUGUACUGUUUCACUGUUCUGUCAAGCCAUCGAGUCAAUAAAAAAAAAUUAAUGAAGUAAAAUGUUUAAGAAUGAAAAUUUUCGAAAUCACACGUUUCACUUUCGUUUAUUUUUAUUCUUAAAUGUUUGUAUAAAAUUAAGUUGAUUAAGAUAAAUGAUUAUUGUUCUAUCGAUAUGCAGUGUAAAACGUGGUUCAAAAAGUCCUUCCUGAGCACUAUAGCCUUGAUUUUUAUUCUCAUGACUGUUGUAGACUUCUCUACCUUUGCAAUUUACGUGGAUGUUAGAAUAAAAAAACCCUUGGUCUAUAUCAUGUGUUUUGUUUUUCCCUGUCCAUAGCGGUCCAUACAGUAAAUCUUCAUUUUGACUGUUUGUGUGUAAUCUUUUUUCUUUAGGACCAGUAGUCAGGAUAAUGUUCAGUUGUUCUCGCAGCAGCAGUUGGACAGAUUAAAUGUACAACUACAACAGGUAGAUGAAGACACUGCGCAUGAGCGGAGCACGCCUCGCCACUUAAGAACGAGAUGGAGACCGCAGCCGAAAUGCAUCCCGCAAUCUGUUUUUGGAAUCGUUACUGGGGACGCGUCGGUCAGCUAUGGGGCAUUUUUCUUCUCUGUCCCUAGUAACAGACCCUAGUAACAGUCCCAGUCGUCUUUGCGAAAGUUAACUCUCCCCAGCUUCCUUCUCGUUUCUAAAGUGGCGAAACUCAUGGUGCUUAUAGCCAGUUACGUGUCAUACACAUGCGUCAUCAUGACGACACAAACACGGGGAUCAAAUUAGACCUAGAGGAAAUCACAAAAUUAGAAUCGUGGAAAGCUGAAAACAGAUCCCAGAGGUGUGCGCAUGAACGAAGUUAAUCAGGCGUUUUAAUACAACAACAACAUCAGCUGCAAUAAAAAGCCAGCUCUACUUCACACUGUUUCUUAUGACCGCAAACACAUGGAGACCUACAUUGUAAGAAAGCGCAAAAUCCAAAUAAGACUACAGGAAGCGCGGUGAGCGGAGCACCUACACCAGAAAAAACAUAAUAAACCCAUCGAAUUAGAAAAUCAUGGCGCUUAAAGUUAAUGAUGUUUUUUCUUCUUGCCCCUUUCGUCGCGCGUGACUCUCGCUUCGUGCUCUUCUAACGCAGGUUUGAUUGGUGGGUGGUAAAACGCGCAACGCAGUUUUUCAACUCAUUUUGUAGCAAUGUUGCAAAGCAAGUUGCUCGUUUUUGUUGCCCAUCUUUCCGUAGCUUUAUACCAGUUUACAUAUUUAUCAUAAAAAUUAUGUGCUCGUGUGACACCUUGUCUUUCACUCCGAAUUCUAAUCAGAAUUUUCUUUCCAGCACACACAGCUCCUUACACAGAUAUACUUGAUGUCGCGAGAGGAUGACAGCCUGAGCAAAGAAGCAAAGCUGACACGUGACUAUGUCACUGAAUUGAAAGGUUUCCAAGACCGUGCAUGUAAUGCUCAGCUCAUAAGGGGACUGGGUGACGGAAAGGUGCAUACGUCAGCAUUUAGCUUCCCAGGGCUUGAGGACGCUGUCGAGUAAGUCCCUUAUGUGAAGAGUUGUGCGCGUCCUUUCGAGGAUGCUGUUGGGUAAGCCCCCUAUGUGAAGUGUUGUGCGCGUCCUGUCGAGGAUUCUGCCGAGUAAGUCCCCUAAGUGAAGUAAUGUGCGCGUCCUCCCCAGGACGCUGUCGAGUAAGUCCCUUAAGUGUGAAGUUUUGUGCGCGUCCUCUCGAGGAUACUGUCGAGUAAGUCUCUUAUGUGAAGUGUUGUGCGUGCCCUUUUUUAUCAUGGCUGGAUAAGAUCAGUCGGUAGAGCGCUUGGGAUAUCGCGGGUUCGAUUCCUGGGGCCGGAACAAUACUCAGGGUCUUGAAAUAACACUGAGAAGUGAAGGUUUUCCCUUUGCCUUGCAAACGGCUAGGUCUUCGUGUGGCUCGAAUGACCGCGUAAAAUGGCGGCCCCGUCUACAGUAGGAGACGUAAAUAAAUGUUCCCAGUUAGUACUUUCGUGCUAAAUACAGUGACACCGGACUCGAUCGAACUUAAAAUAAUCUCUGGUUCUUUUCAGAAUUGUUAAUAGCACCUUCGUACCUAAACGAAGAACACCGAGCCCACGAAAAUGCGCCACUCCCAAGAAGGAUAACAAAUCUCCCGCCAAAACAACGAGGCGUUCCAGACGUGUAGAAGAAGAGCUGCUUCCGUCGCCGUCCGACACCAACGUCCAGUUAAUGGCGGCGAACACAAACGUGUUCCGGUUCGUUGAGUUGCUUCCUCUUCAUAAUCUUCUCCCCAGGACGGGUGACACGCCCAAGCAGUUGAACGGGCUGCGGGUCAAAUUCUCGGAUGCUGAAGAUAAUCUGCUGGCGAUGGGGAUGAAGCAACUGGGCAAAAAAUGGGAACUAAUUCAAGAGCAUUUGCUGCCUGUGAAAAGUCCUAAACAGCUACAGAUUCGCUGCAAGAAUCUGCUAUCCGCUCGAGCGCCUGAGAAUGUUGUCAAGUACUAUCGCAGAUAUAAAGAAAUUUGGAUAGAACCCACUAGGGUACAAGUUUCUACAGGUAAUAAUUAACUAAAUAAACAUGGCUUUUUCCUUGAGACCUAUUGAAUUUAGUGAAUGCAGAAUUUAGUUUUCAAAUUUCAAUUCAAAGGUCAACAAUGAUCUUUAUUGGAGUUAAUUAAUUUUUCUUUUAAAAAGGAAAAAUACUUUAGUUGUCGAUAACAAACGCGGUAGUUUCGUUGUCGAGGGGGUCAAAGAAGAAAUUGGCCGCCUUCAGCUUCUUAAUUUUCUAUAAAUCGUCUAACUUUGUUUGUACUAUGCAGAACAUCGUAUUCGGAGACAGCGAAGCAGACAAUCGUUGGAACCAGAGUGGAUGAAAAAUUACAAAAAGCGAGAGAAGGAACGCCGUGAAAGUCAAGAAAAAGCGAAAGCCAAGGUUGUAAAACAGAAAAUAGAAGGUACAGCUUACGGCCGCCCUAUUGCACCCAAAUUUAGUGCCGGAGCAUGUGCCGUGGCUCUACCGACUGGUAGUGGAUCUGAUGGUAAUGCAGGAACAGUCACUUGGGUUGCUAUAACAACUUCUACAAGUCCAUGGAAGGCUGUCGCGCCACCACAACCCCUUGACGUGGUUCGCGAAGAGCAUAAUUCGGACACGGUGACAAAUGUGCGGUCAUCUCCCGUUGGCAAGUAAGCUGUUGUCCUGUUUAUUUAGUUUCGUUAUCCCCGGGACUGUCUUGUUACUUUUUUGUCCAAGAAAGUAUUGCGGAGGAUUUUUAACUGUUUUUCUGGGAGUCAAAUGAGACAGAUGUUACAAUCAAACCACUUCAAGGCUACCCCCAUAAACUUUGUUACUGAACUGGUUAAUAUUUAUAAACGAGACGUAGCUGAUUUUUGACAUCAACGUUGGGGUAUUUUGGAACACAAUUUAAACAGUUCACAGUCAGAGCAAAUAUUUGCAAAUAUCGAAUGAUUAUUAAAGUAUUCCACACAUUGCGUUUACAAUUUUUUUUCUUGUGUUUUUGUCAAUGAGUGCGAGAAAGUUAAUUUUAGUUCCUUUUUUAUUUAAGUGUUCACCUAACCAGUACCAUGACUACGAGCGAGGAUAAUUCACCACCAAGUCUUACAUCUGCACCAGAACCUGAUUUGGAUACAAACGUUGAUUCCAACCAUUCUUCCGUAAAUGAUGAAACUGUCGCCCCAAUGGACGAAACAUCGGACAAUGAACCGAUUGUUCCUCCUUCUGAAGCUGAUUCAAAUUCUUCAAAUGCUGCUACAAAGGAGACUAACAGUGAGCAAGAGAAUGCAUCGAAGGAGGCAACAGAAAAGACAUCAUCAGCGAACACAAGUAACAAACCAGUUCCUGUUUCUAAACCAAANCCAGUACCAUGACUACGAGAGAGGAUAAUUCACCACCAAGUCUUGCAUCUGCACCAGAACCGGAUUUGGAUACAAACGUUGAUUCCAACCAUUCUUCCGUAAAUGAUGAAACUGUCGCCCCAAUGGACGAAACAUCGGACAAUGAACCGAUUGUUCCUCCUUCUGAAGCUGAUUCAAAUUCUUCAAAUGCUGCUACAAAGGAGACUAACAGUGAGCAAGAGAAUGCAUCGAAGGAGGCAACAGAAAAGACAUCAUCAGCGAACACAAGUAACAAACCAGUUCCUGUUUCUAAACCAAAAGCAUCGCGUGACAAGAAUGGGGGUAGCGUGGCAUGUGGUCGCGUGACAUCAAAGUCACACGUGACUGGGUCUGAGAGCGGAGGUGCCGGCAGUGGGACCUCGCGUAAAGUUGCGCUAAACUCACAGGCUGGAAUGGCGGGAAAUUACAUUCUGGAACCAGACCCUAAGGUAAAUGGCGCUUUCCAUUCAACCGAAACUUUCGAGAAUUUGGAAAUAGCUGCAAAUGGGAAAAACGUUUCCAGAAAAUCCGAAAACUGUUGAAUUUCCGGAAUGCGAACCAUUCAAGCGAAAAUUAUAGAAAUUCCGCGGGCAAAGUUGAGUAGAAAGAAAACUUUCGGAAAAAUUUUCGAAAAUUUGGGUAUACUUUGCGAGGUUGUCCUCAUUUUGGAAAUUUUGGAAAAUGCUGUUCCAUUCGCUACUAGAAGUUGCCGAAAUUUCAAACCAGAUGUUUUAGUUGACUGAAAAGCGCCCAAAGUGUACUGUACUAACGCAACGGUUUUCAAUUUUUCGGUUUUUCUCUCGUUAAUAGUAAACGCAAAUAUAAUAGUAUAAUUAUUUCUUGACACUGUGUAACACAGACGAUAAUUGCACGGAGCCCAUUAAAAUGUCCUUUCCUAAAAAUGCUAUAUACGCAUAUAGAAAAUAUUAAAAAAAUGUGGGGUGCAUUCCCGAAGGAAACCGUAAAGCUAUUGCUCAAGUUUCCAGUUUUCCAUUACCUGCUUUCUAUUUUGAUAUU